AUUUAAUUUUCGUUUUGGUUUUGGCGUGGAUCGGAUCGGUUGGCCAUAGCCUCCCCGAAUAUACACACAUCUGUAUAUGCAUAUAUUUAUACGCCGGAUUUCGGACGGUACGAGUGCAGCGGAAAAACUGAACUGAAAACUGAAAAAAUCGAGGAAAGUGCUCGUGACUGGAAUUCCGCAUUUGUUUACCAUUGUGUGUUUUUGUGUUUCUGUUUCUGUUUGUGUAUUGUGUGCUUUGGAGAAAGGAAAACAAUCGAGAUUGGAUCAACAAGAUUGGUGCGCCACCUAGCGGUCAUAUUGCGUCUCAAUCCUAUAAAUGUGUCCAAAACUUUGACGUAUCCGCCGGAAGCGCCUUAACUGGCCAUAACAAGUGCAAAGCCCAACAGGUGGAGAGGCUACCCAAAUCGAAGCGCUUUGGGAGUGGAAAAUAAACAGAAACUCACUUCUACAGCCCACUGAAGACUUUUCCAGCGAUUAUUAUAAGGAAGGAAGCGCAAUGUCUGUGGACAACCCUUAUUAUUUUUGCAAUGACACCAAGUCGCCGCGCACCCCGGACUCUCAGUCCUCCAGCCGGGGCUUCUCGAUCUUCAAGCGGCGCAACUCGAAGGGCAGCAGUCCCCGGCCGGUGGCGCUGACCAAUCCGGAACCGAAUCGGAUCACAUCCGGCAAUCUGGACACAACGGCCAUCAUGGCACUCGGAAGUCCGCGCGGCAGCUUCAAUUCCCUCGGCGGCUUCUCGCAUCACUCGUUUGAAAUGCAGCCGCUGCAUAUGUACCGCCAGCGAUCUUCCAAUUCGCACUCGGAGUUCCGGGAACGCCUGGGCUCCUGCAACGAAACGCAUAGCUCCCAGUGUCCCGGCGGAGGAAGAGGAGGAGGAUCGGUAGCUGCGGAUCACGACGAGGUCUUCAAUCCGCUGACAUCGCCAACAAGCAGCAAAUCCCAUCGACAUCACACCCUGCCAAGUGGCGGAUCUCGUCGCCAUUCCCUGGGAAACUGGGCCCAAAAUCAGCAGCAGCAUCACCAACAAAACUCGGGAGCCAUGGGCCUGGGAUCUCCGGAUGAAGUGCCCAGCAUGAUGGCUCCCCGGCCACCGCUGCUCUCGCCCAACAAAUUCCGCGGCAGUUCGCAUCGACGAAGAGACAACUGCGGCAACGUGAACAACGCAAGUGGAGCGAGUGCAUCCGGAUUCCUGGGUCCCAGCGGCUACAACAUGGACGACAUUCUGAUCAUUACCGCCAAGCACAGCGAGCGCGCCUAUCUGAGGGCCACUUUCCUGAAGAACCACUUCGACAAGAUCACCAAACAGCGCGGACGGAAACCAUUCAAUUUUCUGCACAUCAAAAUUGACGAUGGUCCCUUCAGCGAGGAGAUUGCCCAGAAGUACCAGAACACAGCGCUGCAGAUCGUGAUCCUGUGUCCGGCCCUUUUGGCCCUGCCGCACAGCUUCCUGAUGGCCCAGCUGUCGUCGAUCAUUCGGGUGGAGAAGGUGCUGGCCAUUCUGCUGGACGUGAGCGAGGAGAAGGUGAAGGAGAUGCACAAGUCGGCGCUGCCCAGCUACUACAGGUGGCGGCGGUGUGUGGUGCGCGACAACGACCAGGUGCAGAUCAGCAACAUCCUGGGCAUAGCCACCGACAUCCUGGGGAGGGCGCUCUGCCAGCGACCUCCGUGCCACGACAGCUCCAGCGGAGGAGGCGGCGGCGGCGGUGGCCUGUCGCGCAGCUUCUCCAGCUGCACCGAGGGCUUCACCGUGCUGCCCAAGAAGGUGAAGCUGGGCCAGAACAAGGUGGUGGCCCUGCUGGCGGAGCCGCUCGAAAAGAACGACACGCUGAAGCUGCUCGUGGAGAAAUCGGGCGAACUGAUCGAGCUGCGCAACUUCAAGUGCCGCAAUCCCUACACCCUGCAGUUCAACAUCCCGGAGGCCUGCAUGGAGAUCUCCACGAUGAUCGAGAUUCGGAUCGAGAAGAACAACAAGAGUCUGGGCGCGCGGCCCAUCAAGUGCGAGAGUCGUCUGCGGGAACUGGAGCAGUUGCUGCGCAUCGAGGACUCGCCGAUUGAGUUCAUGUGCCAUGCCUUGGGCAUUGGACCGGUGGAACGGGAUAGCCUCGAUCAGCACCUGUUGCAGUGCUUCCAGCGGAACAUGCCGCCCAACUUUCACCUGCUGAGCGGUCCCAGCGAGCGGCAGCCGCACUUCUUCACCCGCCUGGAGUCCAGUCCCGAGGAGUAUCCCACGCUGCUGCACUUCGCCGCCCGCUGGGGCCUCGAUCGCCUGUGCAUCCAGCUGAUGGAGUGCCCCGGCGGCGAUACCGCCUGCGGCGUGAGGAACUGCGCCGGACGCACCCCGGCCGAGCUGGCCGAGCAGGAGGGCCACCACAAGCUGGCCCAGAACAUUGUCAGCUUCGCGGAGUUCCACGAACUGACCACCAUGUACCACUUCUUCAAGGGCGUCACCCCGUCCGCUGGGGAUAGCAGUCCCAAAACAGGUGUGGUAAUUGAAGCCCAUCCCGGCAAGGGAAAGUCCUCGAACAGCAAGCCACCCAAGCAACUGCCCUCGUCGGCCGAGUACAUGGAGAUGUCCAGCGGAUCGGAGCGGGAGAAUACACCCGAGGUGAGGCCCAAAACGGAGACCCUGGCCAUCUCGAAUCUCAACUACAUAAGUGUGGAGACGGAGGAUGAGAAUCUGCAGGCUUCGGUGGCCGAAAAGAAGGUGGAGUCCGAGAAGAAACUGCCAGAGGCGGGAAGCAGCCAACCCGGUCCCGAGCAGACCACCAAUGAGCUGAGGAUCAACGAGCCACCCUACUACCAGUCCAAGGAGCAGAACCGCCAGCCAAAGGAGCUGGAUGAAGUGGAUGCUGCUGCUGCUCUGCCCCUCUACCAGACCGACAAGUUCAGCCAGGAGUGCUCGCAGCUGCUGGAGAACCAGCUGGGCAACGACUACGUGCUGCAGCCCUCCAAUGUGCCGGUGGCCCAGAACGAUGAUGGCAACUAUUUGUUCCAGCCCUCGAAUCGCCCGGUGGAGGAGCCCCUGCGCCUGAGUCGCUGCACCAACCGGCAGCAAGGAACCUAUGGAACCCUCAAGCGAAGUGCCAGCGAUGCCUCCGCCGCCAGUCACACGCGCUCGAAUGCCGACGACGAGCUGGCCGAGAUUAUGCACGACUUCAAGAACAAUGUUCUGUCCAUUAGGGAUGUGGAGCUGCUGGUGGAGCGGUGGAAGCACCGCAACGACGUGCAGCAGAGCUUCCGGGAGAAGCAGGACCAGAUUGACCAGCUGCGGAGGGAAUACGAGCGCAUCCAGGAGCAGGUGAAGUCGCAUUUGAAACGAGAAACUCCCUUCGAGCGGAUCAAGAAGUUCUUUUCGCGAUCCAAGACGCCGGGUGGCAACAACAACGAUAGUUUGUUGGACGAGACCAAGUCCUCGAUAGCCACCAGCUGCAGCUUCAAGUCUGGGAGUGUAGCUACCUCCGUGGGAGCUGGACGUCCCAUCAGCUCGCUGAGCCUGCAGAGCGUGUCCAGUUCGAGUUCCUCCUCCGGCCGCCUGAGCACCGGCAGCAAUUGCAGUGGCGCCUCGCUGGGCGAUUCGGGCACCCACUCGGAUCACGAGGAUCGUCGCUUUCCCCACUGCCGGAUGAUGGACAACUAUAUGGUUCCGCCGCCGCCGCGACCCGUCUUCACGCCCAGCUCAACGCCCGGCGACGAGCGCCACCAGAUCGUCUUCCCAUCGCCCAUGUCCAGUUGCCAGCGCCUGAACACACCGACCAGUCCCACCGGUUCCGAGCACUACCAGAUGUUCCCCUCGAACAUUCCGGUCUACGGCAGCCAACCGCUGGCCAGCUCGCAGAGCAGCAACUACCUGAACACCAUCAUGGAGGCCAAGGAGCAGGCGGAGACGCAGCACUACCAGAAUCAGUCGCCCGGCAACGGAGUCACCCUGCAGCCGAUCAAGCUGAACGAGCGGUCGAACAUCAUCUACGGCAAGCUGACCAAGAGCAGCUCCGCCAGCGGAUGCAGCUCCUUUAAGCCCAGCAGCAAGCAGAUCGCAGUGCCGUGUCCCCAGGUGGGCAGCAUCGAGGUUCAGGCCGAGGUCUACCAGAAUGUGGGCGACAUUGCCCCUGACUCCGGUGAUUCCAAGGAGGAGGAGGCUCCCAACUACAUGAACUGCUAGGCCAUCCAAAACGAAGCACAUAAUCGAAAUCGAAGGAUACUUUAGCCUACGUUCCGAUUGAAUGAGGCAAAUAAUAAUAUUCAAAUUACUUUGAUCUGAUAUUUGCUUAGUCUGUAAGCUCAUCCAUUUGCAUACCAAAUGAAAGGAUGAAAUGAGUAUGAACUAGUUAUCGGUAUUCUAAUUAUACUUUUAGGACAUUCGAAAGUGGUCUUGAUUUUUGAAAAAUCAUAUAAAGAAAAUUAAGGUAUUUAAUCUCAAGAUCACUUCGGUUUAUUUGUAUUAUCUCUGUAGUCUUCGGUUUCAGCAUCUAAUUGUACAUUUGUGAAACGAUUGCAAGCAACCAAAUCAACAUAUCGCUAGCCAAUAAGUGUAGAUCCUAAGUCGAUACCAACGAACCAAGCAGCUGACAUAUCAACGCGACUCAUUCAACUCUAGGAAUAGGAAUAACCCAUUUAGUGUUAAGGCUCCCACUUUUUGGCAUGCCGUUAAGCAUGAAAAACUCGUUCAUUCUACUAUCCUCAUCCCCCCUCACAAAGUUAAACGCAAUAAAUUCUCUUAUAUAUAAGCAGA